UCUGUCUGUCUGUCUGUCUAUUUCUGUCUGUCUGUCUGUUUCCUUGUGUCAGUCUGUCUGUUGUCAGUCUGUCUGUGUCUAUCUAUCUGUUUGUGUUUAUCUGAUCUGUCUGUGUCUGUCCGUCUCUGAGUUGCCUAAUCUCUCAGAUUUGAUCUGUCUGUGUCUGUCUGUCUUUCCGUGUCUGUCUAUCUGUGUGUCUGUGUCUGUCUCUCUGUCUGUUUGUCUGUCUUUCCGUGUCUGUCUAUCUGUGUGUCUGUGUCUGUCUCUCUGUCUGUUUGUCUGUCUUUCCGUGUCUAUCUAUCUGUGUUUCUGUGUCUGUUUUGUGUUCAAGCUUCAAACAGAGUUGAUGUUUGGUAGAGAAAACGCGCACUUUCGGUACCUUCGACAGGAAGCUGUCGAAGCAAUCCGGGGUUAA